AUUUAUAGCAACAUGGACACUAAAGUUGACGAAAACAUUGAGACCUUUUACGAGAGAAACAACACGAAUAUCCCCCAGGUGGAGGUUAACCACUACUUCAAGGAUAAUCAGUACCUCCUGGUUGGUGAUUCUAAGGCAGACCAGAAGGCUUCCAAUCAACUUAAACUUUAUAAAAACUUCCUUGUGAGUAAGAGAAUACAACAGAAAAGAAGGGGAUUUGAUUUUCCUUCUAUUCCAGAUGAUAACCAUCCUAGAAAUCACAGGAUUCAGCGCACUCAGGAACAAUUUGGUGAACUUGAGAUGAAAAGAAGAGAGGAUAACAGCCUAGAUUCGAGAAAAGUUGAGUUGCCAGAGCCACUUUUUGAAUUCAACCAAUCUGAUCUGAGGCAGUCGAAAUAUUAUGGGUAUCCAGAGCCGGAAAAUAUUGGAUUAUUAGAAGAGUAUAAGCAGGUAUCUUAUCCAGAUGUCUUUCAUCCUGAGGGAAGUGCCGGUUAUGAGCCAUAUAAUCCGGUCCAACUUGAUCAAAUACAGGAACCUCAAGUAGAAAAACUACAAGAGACCAAAGAUGAGGUGAUGGAAGUUGAAAAUCCAGAGCCAGUUCCUCAAAGAAUGCCAAAACUUCCUCCUGCUCCAUCAAAGGAUAACUAUGUUGUUCAUCAUGUAAAGCCUAAUGACACUAUCGGCAAGCUAUGUCUGAUGUACAAUGUCAACAAGGAUGUUAUCCGAAUGGCAAAUGAUUUCACUGGUGAAGAGAUUUACAUGUUCAAAACUCUGAAAGUUCCAUAUACUUAUGGAAAGCUAUACGAAGACAACACUACCAAGAGUGAGGAACAAUAUAAAAAGGAAUUUGCCAUCAGUUCAAUGAACAGAGUUCUGAAGGAAGCACACACAGGAAAGCAAAUUAAUUUUGACAAAGAAGCACAUUACUAUUUGGAGAUGCACAAUUAUGACUUAAAGAAAGCACUUGAAGAGUUUGAAGCUGACCUUGAGUUCGAGAAGCAAGUCGUUGAAGACAACAGACAGUAUAAAAGAAGAACAAGCAGACAAAGAGUUGGAAUCUUCAGUUGCUUCGGUUAACCUGCUUCUUUAAUCACUAAAUCCAAACCAAUAAAAA